AAGCUGCAAUUGUCUUCCUGAUCAGCUGCAGCACACCUGUCAAACUAUAGGUUUAUUCUGAAUUUAUGUUGUAUAGCUUAAAACAUUCAUUUAAAUUUAAUUGUUUAAUUUUUAUUUAGAAGAUUUUUAAAAACAUCACUGUGGAGAUCAUAAAUUCUCUGUCAGAAACACAUCCUCUGUUUUACAGUUUUACUGUUUACACUGGAGUUAAACAGUUUUAAACCAUGAGGACUAGUGUGCUUGAUUAAAAGAGAGAUAGCACACUUCAGACAGUUGAGGUCCAUUUGGUUUGGAUCCUUCAGAAUAUUGAACAUAAAUGGAUGAGCAUGUCUUAGUAACUGGAGCUGCAGGUUAUGUUGGUACUCACGUGUUGGUGGAACUUAUUGAAGCAGGCUAUUCUCCUGUAGCUUUAGAUAAUAGAUCUAGUGCUUUAACAGAUGCAGCACAAAAGAUAUUCCAGAUAACAGGACAUAAGUUAAGGUUUUACUGUGUGGAUUUGCUGGACAAAUCGAGUAUAGCUCAAGUCUUUGAUGAGGUGAAAGUUGACUGUGUGUUUCAUUUAGCUGGUCUAAAAGCAGUACGGGAAUCACAAGGAAAUCCACUAAUAUAUUAUAAUGUUAAUGUGAUAGGUACCAUCAACCUGCUAGAGGUGAUGGAAGACCAUGAAGUAUAUAACAUAAUAUUUUCAAGUUCGUCUAAAGUGUAUGGAGUGCCACAAUACCUUCCAUUAGAUGAGAAACAUCCAACAGGGAAUUGUACAAAUCCCUAUGGUAGAACAAAACAUAUGGUUGAACAUAUACUACAUGAUCUAACUGUUUCCAAUGCUAAUUGGAAUGUGACAAUAUUAAGAUAUUUCAAUCCAAGUGGUGCUCACAACUCAGGUAUUCUAGGGGAGGACCAAUCUGAAAAGCCGAGAAAUUUAAUGCCAUGUAUAUGUCAUGUUGCUGAAGGAAAGAUGAAAUCAUUGACCAUAUUUGGACAUGAUUAUGAUACUCCUGAUGGAACAGCAAUGAAGGGUUACACACAUGUUGUAGAUUUAGCCAAAGGUCAUAUUGCAGCAUUAAAAACUAGUCAUAACAAUGGAAACUAUAGGAUAUAUAACUUAGGUGCUGAGAAAACUUAUUCAAUACUUGAUAUGGUCAAAAUGUUUGAACAGAUCUCAGGGAAAAAGGUAGCUAUAGAAUUAUGUGAUAGAAAACCAGGGGAGAUAGCCAUGUGUUCUGCUGACAGUUCUAAAGCUCACCAGGAACUUGGCUGGAAAACUGAUAGAACUUUGAAACAAAUGUGUGAGGACAUGUGGAACUGGAUGACAACAAAGUCCCCAACACAGAAAACCAGUCAACAUUUAAACCAUACAGAUCUACCUCAGACAGAUAUCAAAAAUGAUACACAUUUGUAGUCCUGAUAUUAUUGCUUUUUAUCAUACUAUAUGUAAUAAAAAAAAAACAGCCAUGGCAACUAAUUUUCACAAAGUUUCAGUGGAUUUUUUUUUACCAUAUCUUUAACAAAACUCAGUUGUUACUUGACAUAUUCAUUUUAAGGAUAUUUGUUGUAUAUUGAACUUUUCUGUUUUGAACUAUGAUCAGUUUUAGAUCAUUAUUUAAGUUCUACUAAUUUUUCUUUUAGUUAAAAGUUACAAAAUGUUUUUUUUUUAAUUUUUAUUUUUUUUAAAAUAAUUGUUGAUUUCAAUAAAUUUAAGUCCUGUUCUUGCCAAUAAACAAUUAACAUGUGCAUAUAUGUGUUUUGAGAAGGGUUCAUUGAAAAAAUAUCUUUUCGUCUGAAUGCUUUUUUGUUUUUUGUUUCAAAGAUAUCUUUUUAUGAAUAUCAAUAAUAUUGCUAAGCUUUUGGAUAUAGGGUAUAUAUGUAUUUAGAAAAUAUCAUGAUUUUUUUAUGAUCAAUAUAUACAUUUGGAUGUUCACUGUAAGUAACAAUACAUUUCUCUAUGUUUACCUCCUCAUGAUUCAUAUCAUUUAAGCACAUUUUCAUGGUUUUGAAGUUUACAGAAACGGGGCAUCUGUUGCUGAGUGAUUACAAACUCACUUGCCCCUCACCUUUUUGGGUUUGAGUCCCGCUAAGUUCAUUAAAUAAUUUCAUGUUAAAAAGCUCUCCUGCUUCUGCAAGGUGCCAGAUUGUGCCUGAAAAAAUGCAUAGAGGGGCACCUAAGGCCUAAUCCUCCACCAGUAAAGCUUGAAUGUCGCCAUAUGACUUUUAAAAAGUGUCAGAGUGGGGAAAUAGUUUAUAGAAUUAGAUUUUGCUAUACAUGUUAACUACUAAAUGCUAUGGAAUAGGAGUUGGUACUUGCUACUUUAAAAACCACUCGCUUUAAAUUUAGAGAAACAUCAAAGUCAGAGUCAUUUCAUUCUCAUUUUACUAUUUGCUAUCUGUUUAGGAAUAUUUUUUUGUUUUUUAUUAGUUAAUAUCAAAGGGACCCGGUAAUCACAAUGUUCAUAAAAAUAAAUCACAAAAUCUUUCAAAAAUCCGUGAAUAAUUGAUCUCAGGUAGUCACUUUCAUAAUGCAUAAAUAAUAAAGGCCUUUGAGAAAAUAAUCAUAGAUAUAGAAU